AUGUCAUAUUUAUUAAUGACAAAAUCGGGAGAAAUUCAAUUUCCAUUGAAUAUUUCUUCCGAGAUGGGAAUCUAUAAAUCCCUUAACGAAAAUUCAUUUUGUAAUGAAUUAUUCAGUAGGCCACCUUAUCCCUUAACUCUCGAAGUCGACGACUUAAUCGCGCCAUCAAAUCCUCGAAAAGCCAAGAAACACCAAAAAAAUCCGUAUUUAUCUCCUCCAAGGCCGCAAAAUUCUUUCUUUUUAUUUCGAAGGGAUUUUGCUGCAAAGUUGAAGCAAAAAGGAGUGAAAUUGAAGAACAGCGAAAUCUCACAAUUAGCGGCCGCGGAGUGGCAUAAACAACCACAAAACGUUCUUUGUUUUUUCGAGGUUCUCGAAAAUUUGGCAAAAGAAAAACAUAGUCAAUUAUAUCCAAAUUAUAAAUUCACGCCUAGAAAAGAAAAGUCAAAAAAUUCCGAAAAAUCACCAAAAUAUAAUGUAACUGAUAAUCUCUCUGAACAGAAAUGUUUAAAUUCCGAGGAAAUUUCAUCAAAUCUGGACACUUCGAAAAAUAACUCGCUCUCUGAGAUCUCUGAUCAAAGCCUUGAUCAAGGAACCUUCGAUAUCUCAGAUUUUAUUGAAUUUGAUCCAAUUACCUUUUAA